AUGUACAGUAUUUAUAGCCCUUUUUUUACAUCUGGAUAGAUGGAAUACAGACUGUAAUGCAAAUUUGGCAGAGGAAAGACUUUCAUUACUUAGCACCUAUCCAGGGGUGGACUGACAACUCAUGGGGCCCCCAGGCAAUAGGGGAUCAUGGGGCCCCUGUGUCCUUGCCCAAACUCAAAAAAGCCUAUGAAAAAGGUACCAGGGGCAUCUCAUGGGGCCCCCUACUGACCCCGGGCCCUCGGGCAGUGCCUGAGUUUCCAAAUGGUCAGUCCGCCCCU